AAAAAAAAAAAACAAAGAAAAUGCAGACGCGCACACGUAUUGUACAGGGAGGGAGUGAGAAGGACACUCUCUGCCGUAUAUGACGCUUGAAAUGAAGAUUUGGCAUUUAGGAAAAACAAAUCACAAAUAACUACUGUUAUUAGAUCGUCUUCACGAUCCUCUUCUGCGCCUCACACCUUACCUCUGCUAACUACUACCAGGUGCUCCUUUUCUUUUCUUGCGUUGCAGUUUAGUGUACAUACAAAGCCCACAGUGAGAGAGGGAGACAGCCAGCGAUCUGUGCAUAUUCUUUUUUUUUUUUUGGGGUUGACAGCCCCACAAGAAAGAGAUUAUCGAGUUAUUAAGGGCUAAAGCUAAAAUCAAUCAUGCCAUCCGGUGCUAAGAAGAGGAAAGCAGCCAAGAAAAAGAGGGAACAGGAGGCCAACAACAACAACAACUCUUCAGUCAGUACCAACAAUCCUCAAGGAAAUGAUGACCCAAAAAGCCAUGAUGAAAGAGAGAGUGAUGGUGGUGAGGUUGGUAGCCCUGUAUCACAGGACCAACACAACCACCAGCAUCCAUUUAAUGAGGGGAAUGGACAAUCUGAGAAGGGAGGCCCGUUGCCUUCUGACUCAUUAGCCGACCAGAACAAGCCCAUGGAGGUAGUCACUGGGGAUGCAGAAGGAAGCCUAAAAGUUGAAUCAGAGGACAACAUUGCUGUAAAUAUUGAGAGAGAAGUGAACUCUAAGCAAAAUGUGGAGAGUAAAAAUGUUCUUAUUGAGCAUGUUGAUUCUUCAAAGGAAUCUCAUGAUGAAGAUGACAGGAGUUCUAGCAGUAGUUUCAGCAAUGAGUCUCAAGCUUUCGAGAAGAAAUCGAAGGAAGCCAAUGAUGAAGAAAAGGAAAAUGGUUCUUUUUCUGAAGAGGUGAAGCAGAUCCCUGAAAAUGAGAAACCAGUCAAGGAAGCUGAUAGUAAUUCAGUUUUGGAAACUGCUUCUGCUGAUUUGGUUCAUCCUGUGGUGCCUAUAUCUGAGACAGCAAAAGUUGUUAUUGAGAUUGCUCAAGUUGAAAAUCCAGAGGUUCUGGAAGUGGUUGAAUCUGGUUUUGAGGAUGAUGAGGACAAAUUGUUGCCUGUAUCCAAUGACAUUGCUGUAAAUAUUGAGAGAGAAGUGAACUCUAAGCAAAAUGUGGAGAGUAAAAAUGUUUUUAUUGAGCAAGUUGAUUCUUCAAAGGAAUCUCAUGAUGAAGAUGACAGGAGUUCUAGCAGUAGUAGUUUCAGCAAUGAGUCUCAAGCUUUCGAGAAGAAAUCGAAGGAAGCCAAGGAUGAAGAAAAGGAAAAUGGUUCUUUUUCUGAAGAGGUGAAGCAGAUCCCUGAAAAUGAGAAACCAGUCAAGGAAGCUGAUAGUAAUUCAGUUUUGGAAACUGCUUCUGCUGAUUUGGUUAAUCCUGUGGUGCCUAUAUCUGAGACAGCAAAAGUUGUUGUUGAGAUUGCUCAAGUUGAAAAUCCAGAGGUUCUGGAAGUGGUUGAAUCUGGUUUUGAGGAUGAUGAGGACAAAUUGUUGCCUGUAUCCAAUGAGAUUGCUGAAGUUUCUCCAGCUAUUGUAGUGCCAAAGAAAAAUGAAGAUAAAGUUUUUCCUAUUUCAGAUGAGAAUGUUAGGGCAUCUGCAAAUGUGGUUCCUUCUUCUGCAUAUGGAAAUGUAGGGAAAACAUUGGUAUCAUCAGUCAGUCAUUCUGAUGAAACUGGUAAUGGUGAAGAAAAAACCAAAUACACUGAUGCUCAUCAAAGUACUGAAAAUAAGCCUCUUCUUGCUUGUGGUCCGCGAGUAGCAGAAAGAACAUUGUGGAUGAGUUGCUGUGGUAUAUUUGAUGUUCUUACAGGCUCCAAAUAGAUAAUUUCAGCAGAAGUUAGCACGAGGAAGCUGUCGUGGACUGGGAAUCUGAGAAGGAUCUGGUUUGUACAAGUUUGAGAUACGAGAGUUAGAAUCUCUUAGAAAAUUUACCGAAACAAUAAAUGGCAGAAAACCUAAAUAGAUAAAACAACUAUAUGAACUUGGCAAUUAUUGAGUUUCAUCAAUGGUGCCUAGCUUAGUUCGACCAAGCCUAAGCCUGAUUUCCUUGUUAAUUUUUUAUGGUGUUAGUAGAGACCGCAUGUUGUAUGUGUUUUUUUCCUUCCAUUUUUGAUUAGCAUGGGCAGAUUGGUGUUUUCUCC